UCCCGAAAAGCCAUUACCACGUAUUGGAAAAAUAAAUCUUCCUCACAACACGUUAAAUCGACCAAUGCUGCUUUCAACGAACCUAUAGUACUUGAUCCUAUCAACCAAAAUCGACCUACAGUUGAUAGUUCAUCUAAUAAGACUCUUGACAGUAGUGCUAGUAAUGAUAAUUCUAUAUUAUCAUCACUAAACGCACAAUUGAAAACAGAAACUGUCGAUCUACGUUUUAAUACAACAAGACAAUUUCUCCAUCUUGUCCAGAAAGGGUAUACAAAGAUGGGGGCAAGUAGCCUUCUGGCUAAGAGUUUAGGUAAAGGCCCAUGGCAUGCGCGGUGUAUUCGUGCCUGGGCAAAUCAAUGGAAGAAUUACAAAGAAUUAAUAAAGUCGAAACGUGGCCGACAUAUAAAAACGAAAUCUUUAAUACAUAAUAAAAGUUUUCGGCUUCAAAUAAAUCAGUAUUUGGAGAAAAAUAAAUUUAAAUUAGCCAUUCCAAAUUUUAUAAGCUACGUCAGUAGCAUUAUGCCUACUUUUGGAAUCACAAAUACAACUAUUAGUAGGUCGACUGCAUACAGAUGGCUAAAAUUGCUUGGAUGGAAAUACCAAACCCAUUCAAAAAAGAUUUAUUUUGACAGUCACGAACGUGAAGAUGUG